CGGUCCUGUCAAGCCUUCGUUUAGCGCAGUUCCCUUUAACGCAUUUACCACGGAGUUAUAAACAGGACACCUGACCAUGGACGCGUUAAAAUCAGCCGGGAGAGCCAUCAUAAAAAGUCCUGGAGUUCCGCGGCACACAUGGGGAACCGCCAAGCACGAGAAGCUUCCAGAGAACUGGACAGACACUAAGGAGACCCUGCUGGAGGGAAUGGUGUUCAUGGUGAAGUACCUGGGCAUGACGUUGGUGGGUCAGCCUAAAGGAGAGGAAAUGGCUGCAGCUGCCAUCCACAGGAUUGUCUCAACGGCUCGUGCCAGCUCAAAAAAAUUUCGGAAGGUGACCCUUACCGUUUCCCCUAAAGGGAUCAUCAUUACAGACACUGAGACCAGCAAUCUCAUCGAGAACGUGUCUAUUUACAGAAUCUCCUACUGCACGGCUGAUAAAACUCAGGAUAAAGUCUUUGCCUACAUCUCACAGAGUGAGUUCAGUGAAACUCUGGAAUGCCAUGCCUUCCUCUGUCAAAAGAAGAAAAUUGCCCAGGCAGUCACACUCACAGUAGCCCAAGCUUUUAAAGUUGCCUUGGACUUCUGGGAAAUUGCCCAAGAAGACAAAGGUAAGAAGACUCGCACAUGCUGUUCCUGUUCAAGCAGUGAUCUUCAUAUGGAAACAAAACCUCGCUCUGUUUCAGAUGCUGAAAGCUCCCAGGCUCUGAUGGACCACAAGCUACAGAAGCCCUUCCUCUCCACUUCCAUCUAUUCACUAUCCCCACGUACAAAGGCCACCAAGAGACGACCAGUCAAACAGGAUUCCUGGGAUAUUGAAGACGAAGGCCUUAACACAUUCUCACGAGUCAGACUGGCAGAUUCCUGCUCCAGAACAGUGUUUAAGGACGCAGCUGUGAGCCCACUUGAGGAGAACUUCACAUCUCCAAGCAGUGAAGAGACAAAAUAAAUACACACACACACACACACACACACACACACACACACACAUUGACAGAAAGAACACUAUCAUUGUCCACAGAUGUAGAAGAUGUAUCAUGCACUGUAAGCACGUUAUACCAAAUGGCAACAACAUGAAGGCCCCAUAUAUUCAAUGAGCUUUUUUUCAUGGUCUAACUGAUCAAUUAAUUUGUGUUUUCAAAAAAAAAAAAAAAAAAAAAAAUCGAGCUCUAAGACACUAUUAUACUGUUCAACAACCACUUUUUGUAAGUCGCUCUGGAUAAGAGCGUCUGCCAAAUGCCUAAAUGUAAAUGUAAAUGUAACCAAAAUGUUAGUUAAAUUUCUGCAUUGUUUUUGCAAAUUGGGGUUUAUUUUGAUUGCAGCUCUUUAUGUGAAUUAGUUUGCCCUGUGCUAAGAGUUUACAGAUUUGCUGGUGUUUUUUCACCAGCAGCCUUUGUAUUUUGAGCCUUUA